UGAUCAAAGCAUCGCAGUACAUUGGCUUUCACCUUCACCAAUCAUUUGUAUAUGCAUUCAUAUGCCCAACAGUGCGAAAUAAGUAGAGCAUACUAGGUUGCCGCUCGAGCAUAUCUCUUGUUUGACGGGCUUUUAUAAUGAGGUCAAGCAAGAACCAAUUGAGAAGGGCAAGGAAAAAAGCCUUGAAAACGCAGGCUACCGACGCGACGCUUGAUGAAACACAUACGAAAUCUCAGACAGAGGUGGUUCUAUCGACUGAUGUCUCACGAGGUAGUGGCGAUCAAGGGCAUAAUGCUGCGUCUCCAGACCUAGAGGACCCGUUAUGGCAAGUAUAUAAGCAUAUCAUUGACAGAUUCGAUGAGGUCGGGGAUAACCCAACAUCAACAAAAGAGCCCGAAAAGCCGGAAAUAUAUUUUGAUGAUGACGAUGAAAUCCCGGACGAAGAAGAAAAGGCGCCCAAACUCUCAAAAAGAAAGCGCAAGGAACUGAACAAGCUUUCUGUUGCUGAAUUGAAAGCAAUGGUUCGAAGACCAGAAAUUGUCGAGUGGACAGACACUUCGGCCCCCGAUCCUCGGCUUCUUGUUCACAUAAAAUCCCAUCGCAAUGUUGUCCCGGUCCCUUCACAUUGGUCCUUAAAACGAGAAUACCUCUCUUCGAAGCGAGGAAUUGAGAAACCGCCUUUCGCUUUACCUAAAUUCAUUCAGGAGACUGGGAUUUCGGAAAUGCGCGAUGCUGCCCUGGAGAAGCAAGAACAAGCGACACUCAAACAGAAGCAAAGAGAGAGGGUACAACCAAAGAUGGGAAGAUUGGAUAUCGAUUAUCAGAAACUAUACGAAGCAUUUUUCCGAUUUCAAACUAAGCCGGAACUUACUCGUUAUGGCGAGGUUUACUAUGAGGGUAAGGAAUAUGAAACCAACCUUAGACAUUUACGGCCCGGUGAGCUUAGCGCUGAGCUCAAGGAAGCUCUCAAUAUGCCACCGGGCGCCCCUCCUCCUUGGUUAAUCAACCAACAGAGGUACGGCCCACCUCCAUCAUAUCCGGCUUUGAAGAUUCCAGGUCUCAACGCCCCCCCCCCUCCUGGUGCCAUGUGGGGAUAUCAUCCUGGUGGCUACGGAAAGCCACCAGUAGAUGAGCACAAUCGUCCCCUCUAUGGAGGUGAUAUAUUUGGUGUAUUGCAACCGCAGCAGACAAUGCAGCAAGGCGAGCCUGUUGAGAAGGAUCUCUGGGGUGAGCUACAAGAACCUGAGCCUUCUGACGAGGAGAGUGAGGAUGAAGAAGACGAGGAAGACGAAGAGGACAUGGAAGCGGGCGUGCAAACUCCUAGUGGACUUGAGACGCCAAGUGGGUUGGCAUCAUCUGUUCCCUCUGAGUUAGCUGGCGAAGAAAAUGUUUCAGGGGAAUUUGACGUGCGCAAGCACUAUCGAGGCACACAGACAGAAGAGCCUGUAAGCCAUAAGAGCGCUUUUCAAGUUAUCCCAGAGCGACAGGCCAAUGUGCGGGGCUUCUUCGGUGGUGACAGGGUAUAUGAUCUCGCUGCGCCUCCAGAAAACUUGGCGGUGCUCGGUGCUGAUGAACAAAAUCGGAAGCGCAAGAAGCCUGGCGACGUUGAUGUCUCUGUGGACCCAGAUGCUCUACAGUCAAGUGAGGGAUUUAGCAAAGAAAAUGUUCGAAAGCUUUAUGAAUCCCAGAGGCAACAGGAAAACAAUUCUAGUUGGGGGUUCCAGGAAGAUCUAAGCGAUAUGAUUGCCCAGGAAAGUCGGAAAAGGCUCAAAAAGGAAGAAGAAAAACGAAACCGGCACUGA